AUGUCAUUGUCAUCGUCGGAGAAGGAGGAGAAUCAGCGGAAAAUGGCCGCGGACAAGGCUGAAAUGAGGAGGAGGAAGGGGGUAGUUUUAAAAAGAAAGUGGAAGAGGUUGGACAUUGUAAAGGCUUUUGCUUCUCUCUUUGUUCAUUUUCUCUGUCUUUUGGCUCCUUUUUAUUUCUCUUGGCCGGCUUUACGGGUCGCACUCAUUGUCUAUACGGUGGGUGGGCUCGGUAUCACCGUCUCUUACCACCGUAACUUGGCUCACCGGAGCUUCAAAGUCCCUAAAUGGCUUGAAUAUUUCUUCGCAUAUUGCGGCCUUCUCGCCAUUCAGGGAGAUCCUAUUGAUUGGGUGAGUACACAUCGAUACCAUCAUCAGUUUACGGAUUCGGAUCGGGACCCACAUAGUCCUAAUGAAGGUUUUUGGUUUAGUCAUCUCCUAUGGCUAUUUGAUACCGGUUAUCUGGUUGAAAAGUGUGGAAGAAGAACAAAUGUGGAUGACUUAAAGAGGCAGUGGUACUAUAAAUUCCUUCAAAGAACAGUCAUGUACCACAUUCUAGCAUUUGGUAUCCUCCUCUAUUACUUUGGUGGUUUGUCUUAUCUCACUUGGGGAAUGGGUAUUGGUGUAGCAAUGGAGCAUCAUGUGACUUGCUUCAUCAACUCUAUUUGCCAUAUUUGGGGAAGCCGAACUUGGAAGACCAACGACACUUCUCGUAACGUUUGGUGGUUAUCAGUAUUCUCAUUUGGAGAGAGCUGGCACAACAAUCACCAUGCGUUCGAGUCAUCGGCGAGACAAGGCUUGGAGUGGUGGCAAAUCGACAUAUCUUGGUACAUCGUUCGGUUUCUCGAGAUUAUCGGCUUAGCUACUGAUGUCAAGUUGCCUUCAGAGAGUCAGCGACGUCGUAUGGCUUUAGUUCGUUGA